UUACCUCAUUUUUGAAAAAGUUGUGCAACAAUAAUUUGUUUAGAGCAGUUCAGUUAGUCUUCAAGUAACACAACACGUCUACUAACACAAGCCGUAGGUUUACUACAAUUCGGGAUAUCACAAUGAUACAAUUAAAUGGAAUAAACUUAGGACAAAGGCAUUAUGAACUAAAUAAAAAAGUUGAUGAAUUAUUUACAAAAAAAGAAAACUUUGAAAAAGUAAGUGCCAGUGAAGAAAAGUCAGAUGUUGAAAGAUUAUUAAAAAUAGAUUUAGCAAAUUUACAUAAAAAUUUAGAAUACCUCGCUAACACUUUAAAAUGUGGUGAUCCAUUGUACAUUUCAAGAGCUUUAAAAUGCACUGCCCUAUUUGAAGAUCAUGUUAUAAUUAACCCAGAAUAUCUACAUAGCAAUAUAAUACCAUUUAUGUCUCAAAAAAUGAAAAGAAAAAUGUUAACCGCUAUUGCCAUGCAUGUCAAGGAUCAGGAAAGAGUGGACAGUUUCUAUCAGUAUUGCAUCAAUCAUAAACUAAAUGCUAUUGCAAACAAGUUUGUCAUAAAUGCAUCACAGCUUUGUAAGGAAGAAUAUUUAAAAUCUCAUAUUGAUAUAGAUGACUCAAUAAAAUUUGAGUUAUUCUUUGGCAAUUGUUAUGAUUUAAUAGACAGACACAUGAAGAGGAAAAAGUUGAAUAAUUAUUAUUGUAGAAGUGAUUUAUUCAGAUUCAGUUACUUGUUUUCAUCUUCUAGUGAAAAAUAUCUAAACUUGCUGGAAGAAUACUUAGAAAAUGAAAAAUGUACAUAUUACAAUAGCUAUACGAAAUUUGGACUACGAAUGUCGAAAAUUAUAAUGAAAAAACAUAAACAAAGAGUUUUUGACAAACCUUGGUUAUAUUUGGGAGCUCUUAAUAAAAGUAUGAUUACCAGGUAUACUUCAUCAGAUGAUGCAAAAAAAUUUGCUGUUGCAUUACUGCCCGACAGAUGUAAAAAUUUGGCUUGCUUUUGGUCUGAUUAUUCUUAUGAAAACUACGCCUUUUUCCUGAAAAAGAUUCCAAAUAAUGAGAUUUACGCAUUUUUAAAACAAAUUUUUGCAUCUAAAUACCCUAAUGAGAUAUUUGAGAUGAAUUUCUCAUUCUAUCGCUUAGGAUAUCAUAAACUUAUGACAAGUGAAGAAAGGCACGAAUGGGCAUUGAAACACAUUGAACAAAAGAAAGAACAUUUCGGACCUCUUAAAGACUACAAGUGGUACAAGUUCGUUAAGUUCAAUAAGGCCUUUUUUGAAAUCAAGAAAUUAAUUUAUGUUAAUAAAUCAGCUGAAGUUAGGUCAGAUCUCAUAAAUGUUUUAGUUGAAUCAGCGUCACAGGAGGAUGUCGAAGACUUAUUGAAAUAUUAUUAUGAAAGACAUGUCAAUGAAUCGACUUUACUAAAAGAAAAUUUCUUGAACAAAAUAAUUGAAACCCACAAUGUAUACAAAUUUGAUGAAAAAUGUUGGACCUUAUUUAUGAAACUUUUACAUAGCUUAGAGGCUUUUACCCUAAACAAUAAUUCUGCCUAUACAAUUAUAGCAGUGUUGUAUAAUAUUAUAAAAUAUAAGACCAUACCUGAAAACUUAGAAACAUUCUGCACAUUUGGAAGAUCUUUUCCUGGAUGGAUCAAUGUUAUCGAUAAAUUAGAUUCGGAAGAAAAAGAAUUAGUUUUCAACUACCUCAGAGAGCAUUUUGCCAAUAAAAUCAAGCAGCUGAUGGAUACAGAUUCGGAAAAUCUGAAGAAAGAAGAAGUAAAAAAAGAGAUUGUUUUGCUAAUUUGGAGUACAAAAACUUUGAUUCAUACUUUUAACAAAUCAAAAUCAGAUUUUCCAGAAAUUGCAAUGAAAGGGGUUAAGCUGUAUUGGGAUGAAUUUUCCUAUGAAGGCUGGAGGAUGGCGGACAUGGGCGUAGCCACACUGGGGCAAGCUGGGGCGCUUGCCCCACCCUGGCUCUGA